AUGAACGAAGCCACCUAUGGUACGGAUAAUGCAGCAGGGCGGAACAGUGUCCUAUGGGACGAAGAAGAUCGGGUAGUCGAGGCUUGCGCAGCUUCAAAGCUCUAUCGGAAGAGGAGGCGUGCUUGGCUUAUUGCCUUUCCUCCCGCUUUGAACGAUAUGAUAAGAGAAAAUCGAUCAGUCCGAGUGGAAGAAAUGCUGAAGCAGUUAUUUCCUGGACUAAAAUCUCGCAGUAGAUAUGACCAUGAAAACAUCGCUUCUGAUAAUAGCACCUUUCAAGAGUUUAUCUAUAACCCUUUUCGAAAUGGUCCCAUUAGCCGUCAUCGCUUGUCUUGUGAUCUGUCGCAAGGGCAAGAAACGUUUCCUGUGGAGGUUUACUCGGACACUGAAAAUUAUGAUCCUCCGGUGGAGUUCACUUACAUAUCUAAGAAUGAUUACUCAAAUUACAGAGGGCGGUGUUCUUUACAAGAUACUGAAGGCAUUGCUAUGGGCGACGGACGGGUGAUUAUUAACACGGAUGCCACUUUUCACAAUACGUUAAUAGUUGGUUGUGGCGAAAGGUGUGCUUGUAUGGCGCAAUGCAAAAACACCUUAAGGAGUAAAUGCCUUCCUGCUCCAUUUAAGCUAAAUAUAUUGCAGGGUAGAGAUAUGGGUUUAAGAGGAUCACGCUCGCUAGAUUAUUCUUUUUGUCUACAUCAAGCUGAAGAGACGCAAAUCUACGAGAAAUUGGCAUUUGCGAGGCAAAUGCAGCACGAUGCUUUUGACAAAUGGAACGAAAUGGUUUACAUCGAUCAGUAUAGAAAAGGAAAUAUCGCACGCUUCAUUUCUCAUGGCUGUUUCCCUAACUUAACCGUGUUAAGGUAUGCUGAAAAUGACCUUCGUCUUCAUCGGUCACAUGCGAUUCUUUUCGCUAAUCAACCGAUUGUCGGCGGUUCAGAGAUCUAUGAGGAAAGACCUAUACGCUUUCCAGUUGUUAUCUGCUUAAGCCAUCGAGUUGCUAAGGAGUCGUUGGUAGUAGUCAAGAAACACGCUCUUUCAGGAGCAUACCCUGGUCUGAUGCAGAAGUAUGUAGACGACUGCUUUGUCCUUUGCUCAACACAAGAGGAAAUGGACAAAUGCUUCGAAUUGUUAAACGCACAGUCAGAGUAUAUCAAGUUCACCCGAGAAGAGCCGAAAGAAAAAUGGCUUCCAUUUUUGAACGUACAAAUUCACCUGUCAGAAAAUGGCUACAUUACAAAG